CUGCAACCACAAAUUCCCUGCCGAGGAACUGGCGGGAGGCAGAGGAAGAAAAAACAGCCCAGGAGUGAGCAGAGCUUUGGCAGUCAGUCUGAACUUAGCGAAGAAUUCUCAUCAGAAACCAGAGGGAACAGAACCGUUCCCCAUAAGUAAACUUAAAAUCAAGAUGCAGCAGUGACCCGAAAACGAAGAAAUGUGAAUUCUCCUCCCGGACAAAGAUCUGUGGAUGAACUUUUUGAAGAUUCCUGCUUUAACUUCCCUCAACUUCCACAUUUACUUCCUUUGCAUCCUUUAGAAAAACAAACAAGUCAAAAUGAGGAAGAGACACUUAGGAGUGGGUCAGCAAUUGUGGGCUCUUCUCUGCAAGAACUGGCUCAAGAAGUGCAGGAUGAGAAGAGAGACGUUGAUGGUAUGGUUCAGGAUCUAUGUUCUCCUAUGUAGAAAGGAAAAGGAAUGGUUUUUCUCAUUUCUUCUAAUAUUGCUUGCAUACCGAUUAUCCUCCAAUUUACAUCAAGUUCAUGAUGCUCCUCAAAUUCCUGAAAUGGAUCUGGGACGUGUUGAUAGUUUUAAUGAUUCUAAUUAUAUGAUUGCAUUUGCCCCUGAGUCUGAAACUAUCUAUGAGAUUAUGUACAAAGUGGCAUCAUCUCCAUUCAUGAAAGGAAGAAGAAUUGUGGCAUGUCCUGAUGAAAAAUGUAUGAAUGAACUAGACUUAAAUUACUCAAUAGAUGCGGUGAGAGUCAUCUUUAAGGACACAUUCUCAUAUCAUUUGAAAUUUUCUUGGGGUCAGAGGAUCCCUCAAGUAAAAGAACACAAAGACCAUUCAGCUCCUUGUGAAACAGUGAACAACAAAAUAACUUGUAAAAAUUCAAUCUUCUGGGAGAAAGGCUUUGUGGCCUUUCAAGCUGCCAUUAAUGCUGGCAUCAUAGAGAUCACAACAAAUCAUUCAGUGAUGGAAGAACUGAUGUCAGUUAUUGGUUCAAAUAUGAAGAUACUACCUUUUAUUGGCCAAGGAGGAGUUACAACAGAUUUUUUAAUUUUCUUCUGUGUCAUCUCCUUUUCUUCAUUUAUAUACUAUUUAUCCAUCAACAUUGCUCAAGAAAGGCAAUACAUUGCAGCAUUGAUGGCAACGAUGGGACUUCGGGAGUCUGCCUUCUGGCUUUCCUGGGGUUUGAUGUAUGCUGGCUUUAUCCUUGUCGUGGCUACUUUGAUGUCUCUUAUUGUGAAAUCUGCCCAAGUUGUCGUCUUAACUGGUUUCAUGGUGGUGUUCCUUCUUUUUCUCCUUUAUGGCCUGUCUUUGAUAACUUUAGCUUUCCUCAUGAGUGUGUUGUUAAAGAAACCUUUUCUCACUGGUUUGGCCGUCUUCCUCCUUACCAUCUUUUGGGGAAGUCUGGGAUUCACAGCAUUGUACAAACAUCUUCCUGCCUUUAUGGAAUGGAGCUUGUGUUUUCUUAGCCCCUUUGCCUUCACGACUGGAAUGGCCCAGCUUAUACAUUUGGACUACGAUGUGAAUUCUAAUGUUAAUUUGGACUCUCCAAACAACUCGUACCUCAUCAUAGCCAUCCUUUUUAUGUUGGUUUUGGAUGCUUUUCUCUAUUUGGUACUGGCAUUGUAUUUUAACAAAAUUUUACUCAGCAAGUAUGGACAUCAACGGUCUCCAUUGUUUUUCCUGAAGUCAUCUUAUUGGUUUCAAAACAGAGGAGCUAAUCACGUGGUCCUUGAGAAUGAAAUAGAUUCUGAUCCUUCACUGGAUGACUCAUUUGAACCAGUGCCUCCAGAAUUCCAGGGAAAAGAGGCCAUCAGGAUCAAAAAUCUUAAAAAGGAAUACACAGGAAAGCAUGGAAAAGUAGAAGCUUUAAGAGGUCUGGGAUUUGACAUAUAUGAAGGCCAGAUCACUGCCCUCCUUGGCCACAGUGGAGCUGGGAAAACUACACUGAUAAAUACACUCUGUGGACUGUCACCCCCAACUACAGGUUCCGUCACCAUCUAUAAUCAGACACUUUCAGAAAUGGAUGACUUGGAUGCUGUCAUCAAGCUCACCGGAGUUUGUCCACAAUCCAACAUACAAUUUGGUUUUCUCACCGUGAGAGAAAAUCUCAGGCUUUUUGCUAAGAUAAAGGGAAUUCUGCCACAUGAGGUGGAGCAAGAGAUACACCGAGUUUUACGGGACUUAGAAAUGGAAAAUAUUCAAGACAUUCUUGCUCAGAAUUUAAGUGGUGGACAAAAAAGGAAACUGACUUUUGGGAUUGCCAUUUUAGGAGACCCUCAGGUUUUGCUACUCGAUGAGCCAACUUCUGGGUUGGAUCCACUCUCAAGGCAUCGUAUAUGGAACCUACUGAAAGAGAGGAAACUAGACAGAGUGAUUGUCUUCAGUACCCAGUUCAUGGAUGAGGCCGAUAUCCUGGCUGACAGGAAGGUGUUUAUAUCCAGUGGGAGGCUGAGGUGUGCAGGUUCUUCUCUGUUCCUGAAGAAGAAAUGGGGCAUUGGCUAUCAUCUAAGUUUGCAUCUGAAUGACAUAUGUGAGCCAGAGAGUAUAACAUCACUGGUCAAAAAGCACAUCCCUGAUGCCAGACUGACUGCACAAAGUGAAGAAAGACUUGUCUAUAUCCUGCCCCUGGAAAGGACAAACAAAUUUCCAGACCUUUACCGGGAUCUUGAUAGGUGUUCUAACCAAGGCAUUGAGAAUUAUGGUGUUUCCAUGACAACUCUGAAUGAGGUGUUCCUGAAAUUAGAAGGGAAGUCAAUGGCUGAUGAAUCAGAUGUUGGAAUCUGUGGGCACUUACAAAGCGAAGGGGCAAAAGACAUGGGAAGCCUUGUUGAGCUGGAGCGAGUCGUGUCCUCCCUAGAGUCAUCAGGAAACACAAUCAGUGGCAUGGCACUGUGGAGGCAGCAGCUCUGUGCAGUUGCCAAGGUUCGCUUCCUCAAGCUCAAGAAUGAAAGAAAAAGUCUAAUGACCAUGUUAUUGCUGUUUGGUAUUAGCUUUCUUCCUCAACUUUUGGAACAUCUGUUCUAUGAGCUAUACCAUGAAAGUUACUCAUGGGGAUUGUCUCCAAGUAUGUAUUUCCUUUCUCCAGGACAGCCUCCACAGGCUCCUCUGACCCACCUACUGGUCAUCAAUAGAACAGGUUCAAGAAUUGAUAACUUUGUACAUUCACUAAGACAGCAGAACAUAGCAUUAGACAUAGAUGUCCUGGGAACCAGAAAUGGCACAGAAGAGGCACUAUACAAUGGUGCUAUCACUGUGUUGGGUGACGGAAAGGAUCUCAGGUUUUCAAUAGCAUGUAACACCAAAAGACUAAACUGCUUUCCAGUUCUCAUGGAUAUUAUUAGCAAUGGGCUGCUUGGAAUCUUUAAUUCUUCAGGACGAAUUCAGACUGACAGAAGCACAUUUUUUGAAGAGCAUAUGUUUUAUGAGCAUGGAUACAUGAGCAACGCAUUCUUCUGGAUACCGUUGGCUGCCAGUCUCACUCCUUACAUCGCAAUGAGCAGCAUCAGUGACCACAAAAAAAAAAUUCUUUCCCAGCUGUGGACCUCAGGCUUAUACCCUUCUGCUUACUGGUGUGGACAGGCUCUGGUGGACAUUCCCCUGUACUUUUUGAUUCUCCUUCUCAUGCAAAUAAUGGACUGUGUUUUUAGCCAGGAGGAGAUUAUAUUUAUAAUUGAAAACCUGUUAAUCCAGAUCCUGUGUAGUAUUGGAUAUGCAUCAUCUCUUGUUUUCUUGACAUACGGAAUUUCAUUCAUUUUUCGUAAUGGCAGAAAAAAUAGUGGCAUUUGGUCAUUUUUCUUCUUAAUUGUCACCAUCUUCUGCAUCGUAGCUACUGACAUAAAUGAGUAUGGGUUUCUAGCGCUCCUAUUCUGCACCUUUUUAGUACCGCCCUUCACGCUGAUUGGCUCUCUAUUAAUUUUUUCUGAGGUUUCUUAUGACUCUGUGGAUUACUUAGGAGCCUCGGAAUCUCAAGUCCUGUUUCUGGCGUUGCUGAUACCUUACUUCCAUUUUCUCCUUUUCUUUUUUGUUCUGCGAUGUCUGGAAAGGUACCUCAGGAAGAAAUCACUGAGAAUGGACCCUGUGUUCAGAAUUUCUCCAAGAAGCUGUAAUGCUUUUCCAAACCCAGAAGAACCCGGAGAAGAGGAUGAAGAUGUUCAGAUGGAAAGAAUGAGAACAGCAGGUGCUGUGACUGCCCUACAGAUGGAAGAGGUGGAGCUCAUAAAAAGGCCAGUCAUCAUUGCUAGCUGUCUGCGGAAGGAAUACACAAGCAAAAAGAAAAAAUGCUUUUCCAAAGCAAAGAAAAAGGUCGCCACAAGGAACGUCUCCUUCUGUGUUAAAAAAGGUGAAGUUCUGGGGCUUUUAGGACACAAUGGAGCUGGUAAAAGUACAACAAUUAGUAUGAUAACCGGAGACACAAAACCAACUGCAGGGAAGGUAUUUUUGAAAGGGUGUGGUGAAGGUGCUGCCCUCGGGUUCUUGGGGUACUGUCCUCAGGAGAAUGUGCUGUGGCCCGUCCUGACAGUGAAGGAACAUCUGGAGCUGUAUGCUGCUGUGAAGGGGCUGAAGAAAAAAGAUGCCUUGGACACUAUUACACGGUUGGUGGAUGCACUCAACCUGCAGGACCAGUUGAAGGCUCCAGUAAAGACCCUAUCGGAGGGAGUGAAGAGAAAGCUGUGUUUUGGGCUGAGCAUCCUGGGGAACCCAUCUGUGGUGCUUCUGGAUGAGCCGUCAACUGGGAUGGACCCUGAGGGGCAGCAGCAAAUGUGGCAGGCGAUCCGGGCCACCUUUACAAACACAGAGAGGGGCGCCCUCCUGACCACACAUUACAUGGCAGAGGCAGAGGCUGUGUGUGACCGCGUGGCCAUCAUGGUGUCUGGGAGGCUGAGAUGUAUUGGUUCUAUCCAACAUCUGAAAAGCAAAUUUGGCAAAGAUUACCUGCUAGAGAUGAAGGUGAAGACCUCCAUGCAGGUGGAGCCCAUCAACACAGAGAUCAUGAGGCUUUUCCCCCAGGCUGCUCGGCAGGAAAGAUACUCCUCUCUGAUGGUCUACAAGUUGCCUGUUGAAGAUGUACGGCCAUUAUCACAGGCUUUCUUCAAACUGGAGAGACUGAAAGAGAACUUUGACUUGGAAGAAUACAGCCUCUCACAGUCCACUCUGGAGCAGGUCUUCCUGGAGCUCUCCAAGGAACAGGAGCUGGAUGAUUUUGAUGAGGAACUAGAUUCCUCAGUGAAGUGGAAGCUCCUCCCACAGGAAGAGCUUUAAAGUUCAAAAUGUUCUGUUUAUCUUCAAGCUCACGUCCCUUUUAAAGACAGUAUUCAAUAUCAUUGAUGUGUCUUAGUUAUCUCAGAUGUGGCGCUAAGUAUUUUCGAAACUCAUGUCAGAAUUUUUCUGAAUAAUAUUUCUGACAGUGGUGGCCAAAGUGAGAACAGGCUAGAAUGUGCAGCCAGGUCACAUUUCACAACCAAGUCACAUUUCACAUGGAAUGAAGUUUUAAAACCCAUUUAUAAUAGUAUGGAUGUUUCAGAGUAAGCUGCAGCGACUGAUUGAUUUUCCCCCCUCCCCUGAACUUCAAAACAUUAGCUAUUUUCUUUCCUUAUUGACUAGGUAAGGUAUAAUUUAAAAAUAUUGAUUUCAGGGAGAAGGGAAUCAGCUGAUUUCCCAACAGCACACUAUUUGUUUUUUGUAACUCACUCUGACCUGUUCGUCAUUCCUUGGUUCUUCUUUACUGAACACUUUGCAGACUUACUCUAAACUUGUGGGAGUCAGUAUUGCAGUCGUUAAUGACUAAGUGCAUAUUUACAUGCAAAUUUGAACCAUUUCUGAAAUGUUGAUUUUUUUAAUGAUGUAAAUGUGUACUCUUAGAUAAAAAGACUAGCUUUGCAAGUCUUUAUUUACCAAGUCUGUGUAUGCUGAAACCUAUCUACUGCAACAUCAUUACAAUUGCCACAAUCUCUUAUCUAUGAGAUUUUUGUUGUUACUAUUAUUUUUACUAGUUAACCAAACAUUUACAGGCAGUUAUGUGAAAAAAUUUACCUUGAUUCUGGAGUUGUAUAUGGUGUAUGUGAAUACCAAUUGCCCUCAGUGUAUGAGAAUUCUCACACAAGAUCUUGAGCAAAGGCUCCAAGCCUUUAAUUUAAAAAAAAAAAAAGACAUUAAUACUGGCCCUACUGAUUUACCUGGCCUUAUAAAUGAUAAAGUAAUUGGUACAAGUCAGUACAUUAAAAGCACUUUACUUGGGGCCAGAAAAAUGGCUCAGCAGUGAAGGCUGAUGACUUUUCAAGCCUGAUGACCAGAGUUUGAUCCUGGCGGCCCCAAAUCGUGGAAGGAGAGAGCCAUCUCUCAAGUUGUUUUCUGACCUACACACACACACACACACACACACACACACACACACACACACACACACACACACAUGUGUCUACACACAUGCACUAAGAACAAACAAAAAUGAAAUAAAAAUAUACUGGGUUUCA